CUAGUUUUUAAUCCACCAUAAUUCUCUUCUUCACAUCUCUUUCUCUCUCUAAAAAACAGUACAAAAAAGAAACACUCUCCCAUGGAGUUGCUCUAUCUACUGUACCUCGUCCCAACGUUGUACUCAUGUUUACUCAUCUGGAAAAUGUUGGAGGAGAGACGCGACAGGGAGUGUUACAUCUUGAACUACCAAUGCUACAAGCCCCCCAACGACCGCAUGCUGGGCACCGAAUUCUGUGGGAAACUCAUCAAACGCUCCGAAAACUUGGGUCCCAACGAGUACCGUUUUCUGUUGAAGGCCAUCGUCAGCUCCGGCAUCGGCGAACAGACUUACGCGCCAAGAAACAUCUUCGAGGGUAGAGAGGCAACGCCCACAUUGCACGACAGCAUCGAAGAGAUGGAAGAGUUCUUCAACGACGCCAUCGCCAAGCUUCUGGAAAAAUCCAAAGUCUCCCCCUCCGAGAUCGACAUCCUCGUCGUCAACAUCUCCAUGCUCUCCACUGUCCCCUCCCUCUCCUCGCGUAUCAUCAACCGCUACAAGCUCCGCCACGACGUCAAGGUCUACAACCUCACCGGCAUGGGUUGCAGCGCCAGCCUGAUCUCCAUGGACAUUGUGAAAAACAUCUUCAAGACGCAGAGGAACAAGAUGGCGUUGUUGAUCACCUCGGAGUCCCUCAGCCCCAACUGGUACACCGGCAACGACAGAUCCAUGAUCCUCGCCAACUGCCUGUUCCGCUCCGGCGGCUGCGCGAUUCUCUUGACCAACAAACGGUCCUUGAAGAACAGAGCCAUCCUGCGGUUGAAGUGCCUGGUGAGGACGCACCACGGUGCCAGAGAAGAGGCUUACAAUUGUUGUGUUCAGCGGGAAGAUGACCAGGGAAGGCUAGGGUUUCACCUUGAGAAGACGCUUCCCAAGGCUGCCACGCGAGCCUUCGUUGAUAAUCUUCGAGUCAUGGCACCCAAAAUAUUACCUGUCCGUGAGUUGCUCAGGUUUCUGUUCAUGUCGCUUAUUAAAAAAGUCAACAAGAACAACACUCCGAAGUCUGCGAUCACCGGAGCUACAAAAUCUCCGUUGAACUUCAGAACUGGGGUGGAUCACUUUUGCUUGCAUACCGGAGGAAAAGCCGUGAUCGAAGGCAUUGGAAUGAGCUUGGAUCUGAACGAGUACGACCUGGAACCGGCGAGGAUGACGCUGCACCGGUUCGGAAACACGUCGGCGGGUAGCUUGUGGUACGUGUUAUCAUACAUGGAAGCGAAGAAGAGGUUGAAGAAGGGUGACACGGUGUUCAUGAUAAGCUUUGGAGCAGGCUUUAAAUGCAACAGCUGUUUGUGGGAGGUGAUGAAAGACCUGGGAGACCCAAAUGUGUGGGACGAUUGCAUUGAUGACUACCCACCAGAGACACUGGACAACCCCUUCAUGAAGACCUAUGGUUGGAUCAACGAGGUUGAAGACCCCAACACUUACGAAAAUAUCCCUGAUUUUCUCAAGUGAUUACUGUUGCAAAAAGGGACCCUCUUCAUUCUUUAGAUCUCUCCUUACAGGCCUCUAGGGUUCAUUACCCAAUAACGUGUGCUGCUUCUAACACCGUCAAGAAGUUAGCCACACUGUCAGAAGGGUACUAUGCUUUUCUUUCUUUUUACUUUUACUUUCGUUUGCAUUAUUUGUUUCAAAUCUGUUAUAAUAACCCGUUUCUUUUUUUCUUUCACAGAAAAUCUAAUAACUUUUCUUAGUUUUUGCUCAAUUAGAUUAUGCGUUUUAUCUA